CGACACCCUCUGGCCAAAAAAAGCCGAACUCGAAAAGAAAGCAAGAAAUCAAGCAAAAAGAACAAAUGAAAAGAAAUCGAGAAAACUAAGUCAAAUGAAAGAAAGAGUGUAAAAGUAAAGGAAAUGGAGCAAAUAGAGUUUCUUUGGGCUUCAGGAUGACUUUCGUUAUAUUCCUCCAGCUGAGGACUCGAAGUUUCCAUUGCCGACAUCUGCACUUGGAGUUCGGCUUUUUUUGUCCAUGAGGUGCUCGAGCAAAGAGAAAGAGAGCUGGACAGGAUCGACACAAAAACACCGGCACUUGAUGGCUCGUGGCGGCUCGUGUUGCCGAAUUGCGUUUGAGCUCUCUUCUCCAUCAAAAUCCAGGGUCAUUCGAAGGGCUGAGCGAAAUGUCAUCUCUCCACUCACGCGACCGUGGCGGGGUAAAAACGAAUCCACAGUGUCUCUCUUUCCCGCGCGCCGUUGCAAGCCACGGUUGUUUCAAAUCCGCCGUAGUGCCCUUGUGUCACCGAUGCUGGCUGUUUGUAUCCCACCGGUGAUCGCUCAUCUGGUGUUGAACAGAUCUGCUUGGGGAUCGGUACCACAGCAUUGUCUGAGUGGUUUGCCGUCUUGUUGCGAAAAUCCUUUUGGCCCCGCAAGCUUGGAUCAGUUGCGGAUUGACUGUACCACAGUAUGUGUCUCUCAGGAGGCACCAACCAACGGCGGCGCUGAGAAUAGCAACUGUCGGCGCUGCAGCUGAGCUGCAUUUGACCCUCCCUCAGCUUGGCUCAGCCACCGGUUUCCUCCAGCACAUCAGGGUCAAGAUGAAAGUGAUGUUCAACCAUUCAAAACCGCCAUUUGAUCUUAC